AACUACUUUGGUUGUAGAACUGCGAUUUACGGCAAAAAACUUACUAUUGAUUGUACUUUUGACCUAUGUAAUUGAAAUCAAUUUUGAAGAAAGUCGAUUGAGCAGCUCCUACAGUACUUGGCCGUCGUUUAUCUGCAAUGGCUCCUAAGACAUACGAAUGAAAAUUCAAAAAAAUGUCAGAUAAAACUGCUUUUAUGGUAAAGUUCAUCAGAAAACUUGUAUUAGUGCAAACGUGGCUAAACCGUUGUUACAAUAAAUAGAAUAAAACAAAAUGGUAAUCCGCUCAGCAGAAUUAGUUUUAUGAGGAAAAUAUACAUAGCAAAAUAGCAGGACUAUGAAAGUCCCAUUCACUCAGUUAAUUUCUUUGAAUGUUAUAUUUUAUUCCCUACUUAAAAUACUCGGUUAAGGUCGAUUUUAUCUUUCAUAUUUUGUAGAGUAUAUCAAAAUUCUCGUCUCUUUUUGCUGUAUCAACUAAUGCGCGCGAUUCAGAGGGUGUUGGAGUGAACGUCACUUGGUCUUAUUCCAAUAAAAAUGAAUCAACACUAGUGACAAUGGUUGUUAAAAAUUUAGAAAAUCAACACUGGGCAGCUCUAGGACUAUCGAUAACAGGAAAAAUGGCCGAAACUCAUGUAUUUGUUGUCCAAUAUUUUGCUGAUAAUACAAUUGAUAUAAAGCGAAUGAUUAAUCCACAUAAGCAUGAUCGUCCAAUUGACGCACCACCAGGGUCUGGUGGAUUAUUUACAGUUGUAGGAACAAAAUUAGAAAACAAUCUUAUUACUGGUCAAUUUGAACUGUCGAAUUUUACUGACUCAACAUUUUCUCGACCACAGCAAGAAAUAAAUGAUAUUUUGCCAUUAAAUCAGACAGGUCUUUACCAUCCACUUGUUGCUACAGGACGUCUCGAUGGUACAAGUAAGUAG